AUGGAUAUGCGACCAAUUUUUAGUGGAUAUCCUUUUCAGGGUCAAGGACGUGUCAAUCAAUUAGGUGGAGUAUUUAUUAACGGACGUCCAUUACCAAAUCAUAUCCGAUUAAAAAUUGUAGAAAUGGCUGCUGCUGGUAUACGACCAUGUGUUAUAUCACGUCAGUUACGUGUAUCCCAUGGUUGUGUUUCGAAAAUAUUGAAUCGCUAUCAAGAGACUGGAAGUAUACGACCCGGUGUUAUUGGUGGAUCCAAACCACGUGUUGCAACCGCUGAAAUUGAGGCACGUAUUGAACAAUUAAAACGUCAACAACCUGGUAUUUUUUCAUGGGAAAUUCGUGAUAAAUUAAUUAAGGAAGGCAUUACCGAUCCACCAAGUGUAUCAUCUAUUAGUCGAUUAUUACGUGGUAGUAGAAAAGAUGAUCCUGAUGGGAAAAAGGAUUAUACAAUUGAUGGUAUUCUUGGAGGUCGUGUGGAAGAUGACAGUGACACGGAAUCAGAACCUGGUAUACCGUUAAAACGUAAACAGCGCAGAUCACGUACUACAUUUUCCGGGGAACAAUUAGAGGCAUUGGAACGUGCAUUUGCACGCACACAAUAUCCUGAUGUGUAUACACGCGAAGAAUUAGCACAACAAACCGGCUUGACUGAAGCCAGAAUUCAGGUAUGGUUUUCAAAUCGACGUGCACGAUUACGUAAACAUACAAGUGGACUUACCUCAUCCUCUUCAAGUUUAUCAGGCUUUGCACCUUUGCAUCAUGGUAUACCAAAUAUGUCAUGUCAAUAUCCAACCAACACAAAUACAACAUUAUCCGAUCCAAAUUGUACAACAGCGCAACAAAUGGCUGCCGAUUGGCGUAAUACACAAUUUGCUGCAAAUUAUAAUAUGUUAACAUCAUCAUUUGCAUCAUCAACAAAUAGUAAUUCAGUAAUUCAUCAAGAAAAUCAUCAUCACCAUCAUCAACAUACUCCAUCAUCAUUAACGCCAUACUUUGAUCAUCAUAACAGUAAUUCACAUCAUCAAUUCCCAGUAACACACACAUCAUCGUCUACAUCGUCUGCAAUACCAUCUAGUGGUUUACCUUCAAGUAAUAAAGUACAAUUAACACCAUCUUUAAUUAAAGAAGAGAAACAACUUAGAUUAAAUAAUAAUAAUAAUAACAAUACCAGUCAAACUUCAAAUGUUUUAAUGGAUACAAUCUCAUCGCAAAAUCAUUCUAACAAUGGUACUGUUCCUCCGGCUUCAGCAAUGUCCACAGCACAUCAACAAUGGAAUCAAAUUAAUUUUGCAAUGAUGCAUCAUGAUAACAAUUAUGAUAUGUUUACAAUGCAACAGCAAUAUCAUGCUGCCGCUGCAAAUAAUAAAUAUUGGACGUGA